GAUACAAUCCGCUCGAACGUCCCGUUGCCAACGCGUCAGAGCCCCUAACUGUAAAAAUCAAGAUGUUUUUGCAGCAAAUAUUGGACGUUGAUGAAAAAAAUCAACUUGUUUCUUUGAAUGCUUGGCUCAGUUAUGUACGUGAUGUUAACUGGAUACCACCUGGUGUACUUAAAUUUGUCUGUAAAUUAGACGUUACCUGGUUAGUCAAAUCAAUUCAUUUUGAAGUCAUUACAAAAUUUGAAACCAAGUUAUAAUG